CCUCACUUCCAGACGGCACUAUUAAAAAAUAGCGAAAUGUUAUUCACACAUUUUUGUAUUUUGGUCUAUAUUUUGUCAAUAAACGCAAGUCCUAUUUACUACGAUGGAAAUUUUGAUGAUUCUCUGCGAUUUUACGAUGGUCUGGGUGGUGAAUUUGGAGAAUAUUUCGAGGGCGACAUGCUACUGACAUCCACUCAGGAACGCGAUAUUUUUGAAGCAUCAGAGGGCCGUAACGGUUUACGCAAUGGAGCUAAACGUUGGCCAAAUCGUACAGUCGUAUAUCACAUUGAAGAGGAUGAUUUUGAUAAAGACGAAAUAAAGGUCAUUAAAGAGGGAAUGAUGGAAAUCGAGAACAAAUCUUGCAUCAAAUUUCGUCGAAGAAAUGCCAACGAACAUGCAGUUAUUUUCAAGAGUUCAGCGAAUGGGUGCUUUUCAAACGUAGGCUUCAGUAAUGACGAUGAUGAAGAAACAGAACAAGUUUUGAACUUGGGCAAGGGAUGUAUGCGACAUGGAACAGUUGUUCAUGAAAUGCUACAUACUUUGGGCUUUUAUCAUAUGCAGAGCACAUACGAUAGAGAUGACUACAUUAAAAUUGUUUGGGAAAAUAUUAAAGAAGGUACCGAACAUAACUUUGCAAAGUAUAACAAUGAUACGGUGACAGACUUUGGAGUACCAUACGACUACGGAAGCGUAAUGCAUUAUCCAGAAAAGGCGUUUUCCAAAAAUGGAAAUAAAACUAUAAUCACAUUGCAGGAAAAUGUACACAUUGGCCAACGAAAUGAAAUGUCGGUAAGCGAUGUACAGAAGCUAAAUAAAAUGUAUUGUGAAGAUUCCGAAGAAGAGAAGCUGGAUAUCACACACCGUAACAGUUAAGCGCCUAUUAAUUCAUUUUGUUUC